GACAUUGCUGAUGCCAGCUCCUCUCCCACUCCGCUCACGCACGGAGACAGAGAUAGGCGAAAGGAGGAUGGAAUCGCAGGGGGAAACGCCGAAGGGAAGGCGAAUAAUGGUGACAUUCGAUAUCGAUGGGACGCUGAUCCGCAGCACUGGGAGCUCCUCCAACCAUCUCCAUCGCCAGGCCUUCGCCCACGCCUUCCUCCAAGUGUUCGGCCUCCAAGACGCCACCAUCGACGUCGUCCAGCAUCAUGGACAAACAGAUCCCUUAAUUCUUGUGAAUGCAGCAAUUCACUAUGGUGUACCUCCUGAUGUUGCUAGAGAAAGACUCCCAGAAAUGAAGUUGAAGAUGAUUGAAUAUGCUAAAGAACAUACAGGAGAAGUUGGAGAAGGAUUAGAGGUUCUUCCAGGUGUCACUUCUUUGUUGGAUAACUUAUCUUCCAACAACGUGACUAUUGGACUGGUCACAGGGAAUUUAGAAGAGAUUGCUUGGAUAAAGAUGGAUGGGUUGGGCAUCAGAAAAUAUUUCACAAUUCCCAAUUUUGGAGGAUUUGGAAGUGAUCAUACUGAUCGUGGGGAGCUAGUGAAGCUUGCAACAGAACGAGGUCAAAAGAUAUCCACUGAACUAUUUGAAUUGCGAGUACAUGUUGGAGAUACACCAAAUGACAUUAAAGCUGCAGAAUAUGGAGGAGCUCUUGCUGUUGGUGUGUGUACAGGUAUAUUUACUGAGGCGGAGCUGAAGCAAGCGAGUUCUGGAACUGCAAUCAUACUUCCUGAUCUUACCGAUAGCAAAGCCUUCAUGAAGCUACUGGGAAUUUAAAUCUGCAGCUGAAGUGGAUCUCUUUGUGAUUCUUCUCAUAAAAGCUCUUGAGACCGUAUACGAGUUACACUUUGCAUUUAAAGCUCUUUAUACUCUAAUGUGAACUGCAAUAAUGUUCCAGAAUUCACAAAAUUGGAAUGGAGCCGCAUUCAAAAGGUGGUACUUUAAAGUC